GCGGCUUGCAAAGCUCGGACGCAGGUUUGAAAUGGCAGAACACUUGUGUAUGGGAAUCACAAACAUAACAACACAUCGGUUUUGCUGACUCUGUCUGGAUAUUUAAGGAGUGACCAAAUAUUUUCUUUGCAACACCAACACAUCUGCUGUCGACCCUUGGAGAUGAAGAAGUAUCACAUUCCAGCUGGUGAUGUAUUCUGUCUCUGAAAUGAAGUUUUCUGUUUUCACUCUGUGAAACUCACUGGAACCGGGAGCUGAGAACACACCAGCAUUUGUUCACUCGAGAUCAGUUCUUCAACUGCAUUGAUCGUACAAGGGAUUCAAACGUCUGACUUUCUGAACUGCCAGAGAAUUGAUUGUAGUGAGAUAUCAUUCUCCUUCUCUCAGUGUGGGAAGGGAUUCACUCACAGGCUACCCACAGACACACCAGUGAGUUCACCGUGGGGAGAGGCCAUUCACCCGCUCUGUGCGAGGGAGGGGAACCACUCAGUCAUCCAGUCUGAAGAUACAUCAGCAAGUUCACACCAUAGUGAGAUGCUCCACCUGUUCUGCAAGCGGGAAGCCGUUCUGUUAUUGAUGCUAAAGGUACAUCAGAAAAUUCACCAGUGAGAGGACAUUGACCUGCUCAGACAGUGGAAAGGUAUUCACACACUCAACCAUGCCACAGUGACACCAGCGACUUCACACAGGGAGAAGCCAUUCACCUGCUCUGAAUGUGGGAAAGGGUUCUCUCAAUCAUCUCAACUGAAUGAACACCAGCGAGUUCACACUGAGAAGAUGCCAUUCACCUGCUCAGACUGUGGGAAGGGAUUCACUCACUCAUCCAAACUACAGAGACACCAGCGAGUUCACACUGGGGAGAGGCCAUUCACCUGCUCAGACUGUGGGAAAGGAUUCAUUCAGUCAAAUCACCUGCUACAACAUCAGUUAGUUCACACUGUGGAGAGACCAUUCACAUGCUCAGACUGUGGGAAGGGAUUCAUUCAGUGUUCUCAGCUCCUGACACACCAGCGACUUCACACUGGGGAGAGACCAUUCACAUGCUCAGACUGUGGGAAGGGAUUUAUUCAGCGUUCUCAGCUCCUGACACACCAGCGAGUUCACACUGGGGAGAGGCCAUUCACCUGCUCAGACUGUGGGAAGGGAUUCACUCACUCGUCCAACCUACGGAGUCACCAGCGGGUUCACACUGGGGAGAAGCCGUUCACUUGCUCUGACUGUGGGAAAGGAUUCAUUCAUUCAUCUCAGCUCUUGAAACACCAGCAAAUUCACACUGGGGAGAAACCAUUCAUCUGCUCAGAAUGCGGGAAGGGAUUCACCUAUUCCGCGCAACUGAAAGAACAUCAGUUUGUUCACACUGCGGAGAGGCCAUUCACCUGUUCAGACUGUGGGAAAGGAUUCAUUCGGCAUUCUCAUCUACUGACACACCAGUUAAAACACACGGGGGAGAAACCAUUCACCUGCUCUGAAUGUGGGAAGGGAUUCACCCAUUCAGCUCAACUGAAGGAACAUCAGCGACUUCACACUGGGGAGUGGCCAUUCACCUGCUCUGAAUGUGGGAAGGGAUUCACUCGGUCAUCUCGACUGAAGGUGCAUCAGCGAGUCCACACUGGGGAGAGGCCGUUCAUCUGCUCUGAAUGUGGUAAGGGAUUUUCUGUGUCAUCUCAACUGCAGAUACAUCAGAAGUUUCACACUGGGGAGAAGCCAUUCAUCUGCUCUGAAUGUGGGAAUAGCUUCAUUCAGCCAUUUCAACUGAAGAUACAUCAGCGAGUUCACACUUUGGAAAAACCAUUCAGCUGCUCUGAAUGUGGAAAGGGAUUCACUUGGCAAUCUCAACUGAAGGUACAUCAGCGAGUUCACACUGGGGAGAGGCCGUUCACCUGCUCAGACUGUGGGAAGAGUUUCGCUUGGUCAUCUCAACUGAAGGUACAUCAGCGAGUUCACACUGGGGAGAAACCUUACAGCUGUUCUGAAUGUGGGAAGAGAUUCACCCAGUCAUCCAAACUUGUGAGGCACUACCAAAAUCACACUAGGUAGAAACUGUUCAC